AUGACCAACAGCGGUACAUCAUCCCGGCAUUCAAGAGGUGGUUCCUGGAUGAGCGACAACCACCAGCCCAUCUGGUCUGGACACGACGACGACAACGCCCCCUCGUCCAGUAGCACUUGCCUCCGACCACCAAACGCAGACAACCUCCGACCUACCUCGUUCGGACGCGCCGACCAAACCCUCCUCGCCCCCCCACCCCCUUCCACUCUCGACUACGCCCGUUCCACAUCCAUCCGCGUCAUUGCCAUGGGGGGAGCCGCGUCCCGCAGCAGGGUAUCCAUGGAUGCCCUUCCCGCAGACGACUCGGACCGUGACUCGCCGUCGUCCUCCACAGCCUCCCUUGCCGUUGUCAAUGCAGAGCGACCACCACCCGUUCAACCAUAUAUGGACAAGGCGCCACCACCCUCUGUCAUUGUCGGCGGCGGUCCACACUCUGUCGGCCUCGGCCUCCCAACGUUUGUCGGAGACACUGGCAGGCCAGACUGGCCUGUCGUGCGUGACAUUGCCGACGAGAUCGACUCGGACAUGGAGGAGGACCACGACGGCGACCAACACGAAAUGGACUCGUACCAGUCUGGGUACCGCGCCCCCGUCGAUGCGACCUUGCGCUCAAUGCGUGGCGUCGUUGCCCUUGGUGAUGGCUGGGCGAGUGGAGCCACCCCAUCACGGAAAAAGCGGUGGUUCCGGCGUAACAAGUUUGAGCAGCCAUGCCAAGCAGAAGACGACCCGCUCGCACUGUGGAAUGUGCCUCUAUCCCCGACGACCCCUGCGGUGGCACAUGAGUCGGCAACAGCUUCAGCCCCAGCCACCGACCCUAAUGCUAAAUGGUGGCGUUCUCGGCGAAACCUUUUCAUGUCACAGAAGAACAUUGCUUCGCACCGAGAAGGGUCACCAGCAACAACUCAUGCCCUAAAUGCUCCGGCAUCUCCGUCUGAAACACGCACCAAUGUUAGCCCAGCACCAGCACCAGCAGCAAAGCAAAGCAGGCCAAGCUGGGUCAAUCGCAGCAGACUUCACUUUGGCUCCAUGGUUGACCUUGGCCGACACGACAAGCGCAAGGGGAGCCCAAGUAGUGGUGCGGUUCACGCUUGGUCUUCAACCACAGCCACCGCCCCGAGCUCGGGCCUCGGCAUUCCGCCACCUCGCCCUGUCGUUGAGAAUGGUUCCCUGAAAGGUACCAACAUGCCAACUUGGCGGCCCCCUAUCAUGUCACCAACCACACUCGUCGAAGUCGAAGAAGAGGAAGAGGAGGACGACCUGUUACGACCCCCACUCAAGCGGACCGCGACCUUUGGUGACGACGACGACCCCCAGCCCCUUCAGACCCAGCAGGCGACCCGCCCCGCCCCUGUGGUUUCGAAGGCGCCCCACCUCUACACUGUCGAGGGCUCUCCACCUCAAGCAACGCAGCGUACGCUUUCCUUCAACGAGUCGACAAACGAGUCCGCAAAGGCGAACGCGUCAUUCCUCGGCCGCAUCAAGAACGUCCUCAGCCGUAGUGGCCGCAAGAACAACUCUGCGUCUAGCAGCAAGGGCAUCACUUCCGUUCAAGCCAUGACGGCGUCCCCCUCUCCCGAGUCACCACGAAGCUGCCUUUCAGAGCAACCUCUUCCCACUACUCCCACUCGCGCGUCACUCCUUCCCCCACCCCGGUCCUUUGGCCACAAGGGGGGUUUUUCCCAGCCGCCACGUCGCCGCUCGCGGUUAUGGAGCCUCUCCACCCGUGACGAGGGUGGCGGUGGCCAGAACCUCGGGCUCGCCACCAAGGCGUCUUCAAAGCUCUCUGCCAACGUAGACAAGCGCAGCUACCGCGUAUCCAAGCACGUGGUUGAGAGCAUGAUUAACCUGUCGCCCAGCAACAAUGCGGACACUUUUGGCCGUGGCAGUUCGGCGUCGUCCAACGCAUCGCCCAACCUGAAUGAUCCACGUCGCACAUCGUGGACGCCUGGUGCGACCGCGAUCCGUACGAGCGACGAUGACGACAUGACCGAUGCCAAGACUGACCGACGCCUUAGUCGCGUGAGCCUGCGGAGGUUCAAGUCGCAGAGCAAGCAGCGCCCUGGCUUGGGGUCCGUGUUCCCGCGCCCACCUGACUCGGUUGACCAUCCACCUUCGCUUCACUGGGCGUUCCCCGGCUCGUACUCGACGCCGAUGCUGCACAAGUUUGGCGGCUCUACGCUCAGUCUUGCCCUCGAUAUCAGCUCGACGACCAACAACGGCAUGUCGCUCGACGAUAUCGAGGAGUCGCCCGUCUCGCCGACUCGCCACUCGACAUGCAACGUUGGUCGCGUCAGCCCUGGGACGCAGCGCGAGCGCGCCCUCUCAGCGACUCUGACGUCGCUCACAGCCCGUAGCACGAGCCUGAGCGCUGAUCCUUCCGCCAUCCUCCAAGACAUCCCUAAGACUGCGCGCGGCGGCCGCAACUCGAUUCCUGUCAACAUUGACAACCUGACAAACUCGAGCGACAGCCUCUCCCUUCCUGUCAACAGCACUGUCAACUUUCCGUUACCUCCUUCGAGCUCUGGCGACCUCAGCUCGCCUGACGCCGACCACAUUGAGCAGCUGCGUACACCCCAGGACCGGACUGGGUACGACUACUACCGCGAGCGCGACGAGGCGAGCGACUCGUCGGGUUCGAACAGAUCGGGCCUCUCGCGCCGCCUGCGUAAAGCCCCCAGCUGGUCGACAUGCAAGACUAGCCCAGGCACGUCGCUGACCCCGAUCGCGACGCCGACGUCGACAAAGUCUGGCGAGCAGCAGCAGAGCUCGUACCACAGUGCCCGGGGAAGCUUUUCAUCGUCGCUCCUCGUCGACGCAGCAGCCGCUGCUGAUGACAAUGCGGCCGCAUACAUGGUCAAGGCCGCGGUCAUUGCCCCGCGCCAUUCGAUUGUAGCUUAA